AUGCUACAAGCGAACCAAGCAUAUCAAUAUAUUCGUGAUCAAUAUGUGCGGGAGAAAGCUGAAGACGAUCAAGUGGUGCUGCAAUACUGCCCGACAAAAGCCAUGAAGGCCAACUUGAUGACUAAGCUAAAAAGCGCGGGACAGUUUAAAGAUCUCCGUAACAAGUUGGGGAUCAAGUCACCAGUCGCUGCCGAGUCGAGUGGGAGUGCUGUUGAUCAUGCGCCUCGUCCAGAGAGCGACAAACAAAGGGUACAGUCUGGUGAUUACUAG